AUGCAUUUGGAAGAAGCUGUAGCUCCUUCCCUAUCCACUGCUCAAGAUGAUUCUGCUUUUUCAUACGACAAGGUGGUGAAGUCUGUUACUGAGGAACGGAAGCAUUUGAAUUUGAAGGACCCUUUUGAUAAAGAUGAGUUAAUCUCUUGUAUACACAAUUACUAUUCGUUGGACAAGUUGGUUAAGGAGCUUUCUGUUAAGGAUGGGGAAACACUCAAAUAUAAACGAGUAACGUUGCAGUUCCCCGAUAAUCUAAUUUGUGACUCUUCAAGGAUAGUUGAGUACCUCCAACAAGAGUUGAGCCUGGAGCAGAAACUUUAUAUUUUGGCAGAUACUUCAUACUCGUCUUGUUGUAUUGACGAAGUAGCUGCGGAACACGUAAACAGCGAUCUUGUCGUCCACUUUGGAGACACGUGUUUAAACGAAGUGGCAAAGUUGGCGGCAUUUUAUGUUUUGGGCAAACCCACGGUAAACUUAGAGAACAUUUUGACUCAAAUUAGAGAAAAGUUUCAGGAGGAAGAUAAGGUUGUGCUCAUGGCCAAUGCACCCCAUACGUAUGUUUUGCAUCUCUUGAAACAGAGACUACCGAACUUUGAGAAUUUGAUUGUUGCGGAUUUGAUUGAACCUUUGUCAAAAUCUGCAAUCAUUGAUUAUACGCCAAUGUCAAAUGCACGUUUUUCAACAUUAAAUCGGAGUUUUCCCGUUGAUGAUGACUUGUCAACAUACCAUUUGUUCCAUCUCACUACACCCGAGGCGCCGCGGUUAUUGCAGCUAUCUACCACAUUUGCAACAGUGACAACGUUGGACCCUUCAACAGGCACCUUAUCGCAGGGGCCGUACCCCAACUUGAUGAGGCGUUACAAGCAUGUGCAUAUGGUUCGAAGUUCAGGAACUAUAGGAAUACUAGUAAACACGUUAUCGCUAUCAAACACUAAGCAAUUAAUCAAUACGAUCAAACACAAGGUGAAAGCGGCGGGGAAGAAGCAUUAUAUUUUUGUUGUUGGAAAACCAAAUGUUGCGAAAUUGGCGAAUUUCGAAAGCAUCGAUAUUUGGUGCAUUUUAGGGUGUGAUCAUCAGGGGAUUAUAAUUGAUCAAACCAAUGAGUUUUUUAAACCAAUCAUUACACCGUAUGAAUUGUUAUUGGGGUUGAGCGAUGAACUAUGUUGGACGGGGAAGUGGGUCACCGAUUAUAAAAGCGUGAUUAAUGAGUACAUACAAGAUGACAAAUUGGAGCAGCAAGUUAUUGAAAACGGGAACAACAGCUCAGACGAGGAACCUGAAUUUGAUGUGGUUACUGGAAAAUACGUUAACACGGCAAGACCUCUAAGACAAAUCAACCAUCUCAUGGUUGAAAGUCGAGAACAGAGCGAAGAGGAGGAGGAGGAGGAGGAGAACAGCCAACUUGUACAAAAGUUUUCAAAUACGGUUUCAAUACGAAAUACAGUGAGUACUUCGGCAAUGCACUUGCAAAAUAGACACUGGACUGGAUUAGGAAGUGAUUUUAAAGAUGAUGACCAUUCAGAAGGAAACGAGAGUAGGGGUGAAGGGGCAGUAGUUGAGCAAGGAAGGCAAGGUAUAGCCAGAGGAUACGACUACACCCUGUGA